AUGGAGUACCUCAAAAUUACAAAGGUGGACCAUGUGACGUUACAUCGUCGUGGUCGGUCAUUUGAGGGCUCGCUUCAUUUAACCACUCAUCACCUAAUCUUCACUCUUACUCCGGCCGGAGACGGGAGCACCACUGUAAGUAGUGGUAGCAGUGGAUUUAGAGAGCUGUGGUGCUGUUAUCCAAUGAUCGAAAGGGUUGAGUUUCGUAAAGGAUCAGCUUUGAUGUACAUUAAAGGAGAUUAUGACGAGGAAAUAGUUGAUAGGGCUGAUAGAGCUGAUAGAGAUAGAGCUGAUAGGGCUGAUAGAGCUGAUAGGGCUGACAAAGCUGAAAGUGUUCACAGAACUGACAUAAGCAACAGUACAUUGCUUCAAGGGGCCAAUCUCAAGCUCUAUUGUAGGGACUACAAUUUCUCAAGCUUUGACUUUGCUGACAAAGGCCAAUGCCAUGAUGCAUUUGAGAGUAUUCUGCGACUCACAUGCAUUGAUAGCAUAGAGAAAUGUUAUGCAUUUAUUUAUGAGCCUAUUGAAAUAGAGGCUCCUUUUGAUAGUUGGAAGAACUAUGACGUGGUUCGAGAGUUUCAAAGGCAGGGAUUGCAUUUUGAAGAGGGUCAGAAUGAUUCUCUGGGCAGUUAUGGAUGGCGGAUGACUGAUAUCAACAGCGAUUAUAGUCUUUGUGAUACAUAUCCAGCUCGUUUGUGCGUUCCACAGACAAUCAGUGACACGAUAUUGAGUCAUACGGUACGAUUUCGGUCCAAAAAUAGAUUUCCUGCGUUAACUUAUUACUACAAGAAAAAUGGAUGCACCAUAGUAAGAUGUUCGCAGCCUUUGGUUGGUAUUAAGCAGAAUAGGUCAUUUCAAGAUGAGAAGCUGGUCUACGAGGUGUUUCGAACGAAUUGUAAAGAAGAUAAGCGGAAUUUGAUAGUAGAUGCGAGACCGUUGACCAGUGCCAUGGCUCAGGUGGCAAUGGGAGCAGGAACUGAAAACAUGGAUAAUUAUUGCGGGGACAAGAACCGGAAAGUGUUUCUAGGGCUGGAAAAUAUUCACACUAUGCGUGAGAGCAUCGGUAAGGUGAAGCAAGUGUUAAAGAAUAGCGAUGUUAGUAGUAGAAAAGAAGAGAAUCUGGAGGCAGAUUACGAAAAAUUGGAUAGGAGUGGAUGGCUAGAGCAUAUUUCACGGCUAUUAAGAUCAACGGAUCUAUUGAUCAAGUGGAUACAUUUGCAAGGAGUUCAUAUAGUGAUUCAUUGUUCAGAUGGAUGGGACAGAACUCCACAAGUUGUAUCUUUGGUACAAAUCUGUAUUGAUCCAUAUUUCCGGACUUUGGAAGGAUUUGUGGUUCUUGUCGAGAAAGAUUGGUGUUCGUUUGGUCAUCGUUUCAACGAAAGAUGUGGACAUCUUCAAAAAGAUACCAAAUUUUAUAAUUACACUUCGGAUUCGAAUUUUCAGAGGAUCCGGCAGCUCAAUCAGGCAUUUAAGCAUCAACAGAGUACGAAAUUUGAGAGUCCUAUCUUCCAGCAAUUCUUGGAUUGUCUAUACCAAUUGAUGCGGCAGUAUCCGAGCAAAUUUGAGUACAAUGAGAGAUUUCUACGAAGAUUGGUCUAUCAUUUGUUUUCAUGUCAAUACGGUACAUUUUUACAAGACUGUGAGAAGGAAAGGAUUCAAGAGCUGCGAUUACCACAGAGAACAAGGUCUGUUUGGGAUUAUUUCAGAGCCCGAAAGGCUCAGUUUCUGAAUCCUAACUAUGAAAAAAUAGAAGAAGUCGAAAGUCCGCACGAAUCGGAGGAAACCGAAACUAUCCUUUACCCAAAUUUCACCGAUGUGAUAUUCUGGUAUGAAUUGUAUGGGAAAAGAUACGAAGAACUGAAUGUAGAAAAGGCAGUUAUCAAAAAAGGAACCACCACCACUACCACAGCGUCAACGGCUACAGUGACCUCGGUGGCCUCAGCGUCUACCCCACCAGUGACUCAACUAGAACAGCUGCAAAUAUCGUGA